AUGGAAUAUGAGCGCAGAGCAGUGGUAGGAGAUCUUUUCGCGUCGGGAAGAAGCCUGCGGAAGCGAUGGCCUGGUUUGGGUUCAAGAGGAGAAUGGUCAUGGACAUUUGGAGGAAGUGGAAGGCGUGUGGAAACAAGGACGAGUUUACUGCCAAACCAAAGUCCCGCAACCUUCGUUAGGACCGACGAGUUCGUCGCCGCCGUCAAGGAGACAGUCGACAAUGAUGGAAGCCAGAGCUACGCCAAGAUCGCCGCUGACAUGGGCUGUCACAAGUCGACGGUCUGCCAAACGUUCAACAAGGACAUUGGUUACUCCUCCUACCGCAAGUCACAACACAUACUCAUCAAGAAUGCCUCCAAGCAAUCGAGGGAGGUCAAGGCGACAGCUUUGCUGAUCGAGCUCAAGCAAGGGUCCGCCGGGAUAAUGAGCAUCUCUCUGUCACUGUCUUUCUCUACAUCUAUCUAUCUAUCUAUCUAUCUAUCUAUCUAUCUAUCUAUUCCAUCCAUAGCGAUACACUUUUCAAUAAUCGCUGUCUCCCUGAUCGUGUAUCUAUAA